GAACGUAAGCCUCAGUGAAGGAGAGUGGAAGGACAGUGCCAUUCCCAGCUUCUCUUGCCACUAUGGCUCUGCCUCUGAGGUCCUUGAGUAGGGGUUUGGCCAGCACAGCCAAGGGAGACCACGGAGGGGCAGGAGCCAACACCUGGCGCCUCCUGACCUUCGUGCUGGCGCUCCCCAGUGUGGCUCUGUGCACCGUCAACUGCUGGCUGCACGCAGGCCACCGCGAGCGCCCAGAGUUCAUCCCCUACCACCACCUCCGCAUUCGCACCAAGCCCUUCGCCUGGGGGGACGGCAACCACACUCUUUUCCACAAUCCCCACUUCAACCCUCUGCCCACGGGCUACGAAGACUGAAGCCCCAGCGGACAAUCCCAAGCACAAUAAAGAGGAGGAACCUAAGAUUCUCAGCGACUUCAUUGUCUGCAGCUGAUCAAAGGUCCGAUGGGAACCCAGGAGUGCAGACCUGAAGUAACUCUCCCCUGACACACCCAGGCAUCUGUGAAUCCUGGCUAUCUACAGACAGCCCUAAUUUCAAAUGUGGGCCCUGCCGUCCUCUGUGUGAGGUGUCAUGACCUAAUUCUGGAUUUGAAAUAUUUUGGUCAUUCUCUAUGAUGCUUUUCUGUAUUAGUCUGGAAAUGAGGGAGUCCUUUCUGGAAGCCUGGCUCUCCUGGAUUUUGGGGUCCCAUUCAAGGGAAACUUGGGUUCAAAUGAGCUCUGACUGAA